AUGGAUGAAAACGUCGGAUGUAUUAGAGGAAGGGUUGGACCUAAAGUGACCGAAAAGGUGUUCUUUGACAUCACUGUGGCAGGUCAUGAAGUUGGCCGGAUCGUGAUUGGCCUGUUUGGAGAUGUUGUUCCCCUGACUGUGAAUAACUUUGUGGCUCUUGCCACAGGGGAGAAAGGAUAUGGCUACAAAGGAAGUACGUUUCACCGGGUGAUCAAGGACUUCAUGAUCCAAGGAGGUGACUUCACAGCUGGAGAUGGAAAUGGAGGUAGAAGCAUUUACGGGAACCAAUUUGCUGAUGAGAACUUCAAGCUGAAGCACAUGGGAGCAGGUUGGGUCAGCAUGGCCAACGCGGGCCCAGACACCAAUGGCUCUCAGUUCUUCAUCACUGCGUCCAGGGCUCCUUGGCUGGACGGGAAGCACGUGGUGUUUGGGAAGAUCCUGGAGGGCAUGUCUGUGGUUCACACCAUCGAGCUCCAAGACACAAAUGACCGGAACCUGCCCUACACAGAGUGUGUCAUUGUCAACAGUGGGAAGAUAGAAGUCAAAGAGCCAUUUAUUGUGGAUGUGGAGGGUUGGUAGGGUUAUCACUAUGCGUGUUA